CGACGCCUCCACACCCACUCACGUCAUACCAACGGUUUAAACGCGAACCACAACGUCCAGAAAGGAGAAAGUUGCGUAGCAACGCACUGCUGCCGGUAAAAUGCACAUUGUAGCCGCGAAACCGCCUUCUAUUAACUUUGGCUAACAAAUGCUGUUACCCAGACGGACCGGACAGUCUGCUAACUGGCUAGGUAACGUUAGCCACUGCGUGCCGUGGCCGCUGCUCUUUUCACGCUGUUCACUCAGACAGGACGGACUGCAGUGAAUGAAAGACGAUGACAGCGCUUAAAGACACUGAAGAUGCUAGUGAAACAGACCUUGCCAAGCAUGAUGAGGAUGACUAUGUGGAAAUCAAAGAGCAAAUGUACCAAGACAAACUGGCCUCUCUGAAAAGGCAGUUGCAGCAGUUACAGGAAGGUACGCUGCAAGAGUAUCAGAAGAGGAUGAAGAAGUUGGAGCAGCAGUACAAAGAGAGGGUUCGAAAUGCAGAGCUAUUUCUCCAUCUGGAGACAGAACAGGUGGAGAGGAACUAUAUCAAGGAGAAGAAGGCAGCAGUGAAGGAGUUUGAUGAUAAAAAGGUUGAACUAAAGGAGAAUUUAAUCGCAGAGCUUGAAGAGAAGAAAAAGAUGAUUGAGAAUGAAAAAUUAACAAUGGAGCUGACAGGCGACUCCAUGGAGGUAAAACCCAUCAUGACUCGGAAGCUGAGGAGGCGACCCAAUGAUCCAGUCCCGAUACCGGACAAACGAAGAAAACCUGCACCAGCUCAGUUAAAUUAUUUGUUAACAGAUGAACAGAUCAUGGAAGACCUGAGAACACUGAAUAAGCUUAAAUCACCAAAACGUCCAGUCUCCCCGUCGUCUCCAGAACACAUUCCCUCCGCUCCCAUGGAGAACCCGUCCCAGCGCUAUGAAGCCCGCAUCGAGGAGGGGAAACUAUACUAUGACAAAAGAUGGUACCACAAGAGCCAGGCCAUCUACUUGGAAUCAAAGGACAACACAAAGAUUAGCUGUGUCAUCAGCUCAGUUGGGACAAAUGAGAUUUGGGUGAGGAAGACAAGUGACAGCACAAAGAUGAGGAUCUACCUGGGCCAGCUGCAGCGAGGAGCGUUUGUCAUCCGUCGACGGUCAGCAGCCUGAAAUAUGACUACCACCCCAAUUAUCUAUUCAUUCCUUCAUAUGCCGUCUCUCUAUUUUGAUGCAUCUGUUUAUUUUGAAGACAUGGUCUCUUAGUCAUACUCUCUGCUGUGCACGUCGACAGACUUUGAUGGCCAAGGAUGUUUCUUCAACUUUGAGAUGGUUUUCCAGACUAAACCAAAGGCCCACAAAGUAUUUAAAAAUAAUAAUUAUAAUAAAAAAGAAGUGGAAAACAUCAUUGUUAUCCUGUCACAUGCAUGAAGGUUGUCUUCAACAAAGACUUGACUGGUUUUUGUUUUCUGCUGUCACUGUGUCCUUUCUGCAUGGUGCAGUCUAGAUUUAUUGUAAUUCUGUCUGCUGUUGACAGAGAGAAACUGCUUCCAACCAGUUAUCUCAAAGUGCAAAUGAUUGAGGGAAAGAAAGCCUUGUCUUGUGUGUGCGCGUGCGUGCUUGCGCUGUUCCAUCAAAAUACAUUGAGGCGUGCACUUGAGGAAAUGACACCUGUUAACAUGAGAAGUGCUUCAGUGGGGCCUGGGUGUCGCCACAGUUCAUCCUCCCUGCAUAAUAAAUUGUGCCCUUUUUAAAAACAUGCCUUUUGCACUGUCAGUUACAGAGGCUUGUUGUUUAUAUCGAUGGUUGACUCUCAAAAUGUUUGCAACACUUACACCUUUUUAUUUCUUAUGUUGGGGUGAAAAAAAGAAUGUUGACAUUUUUACUUUGGUGUUCAAUGAGCGCCUGUUCAUAUGUAAAUUAUUCCAGUUACUUUUGCAUGUUGAAGAAUUGCUAGUUUACUUAUGUACUGUUUAUUAAAAA